AAGAAAUUGUUUUCGUUUGAAUCUACAACAACUGGUUGCGUAAUUUCAACAAACAGUUAGUAUUCAUCCAAAAGGAAAGAAGAAAAUGGCCUAUUUGCUUCUUCGGCAGCGGAAAGCUUCAGCCUUUGGGAUUUCUUGCAUCCUUCAAGGUGUAAUUUGUUUGCCUAUCAAAUUUGCAAUGUAUGUGGUAGGAGAAUCUGAAACUUCGAAAGCAAGAAAGACCUGUAAUACUCGUCUCUUUAUUCCUUAUUGGCGUGGGAAGUGGCAAAUCGAAUGAACAAGGCAAAAGUUCCUUGUGAUCUAAUAACAGGACAAGAGAGAGACGAAGUUGAUGGUGCAAGGCACAAAGCUAUCACAGUGGAGAUGGCUGAUGUUACCUCCCAUUCCCAUUGUGCUGUUAUUGAUGAAAUACAGGCAAAUUUUUCUUUAAUCAGCUAUUUUCUCAUGCCAUAUUUUCAGCAUCCUUACACAAACAGUUGCAUUAAUUAAAUUUGAAGUUGAUACAUUGGAGUGAUUUAAGAAAUUGUCAAUAUGUUGCUGUCUGGAAAAGGGAAUAGCUAUUUUUAGAUUGAUCUUCCUUAUUUCUCAUUCUUCUAAUCUUUUCGUGUUCUUUAUAUAUGUUGGGCUGUAAAACAAGGGGUUUUUCAUUCACACGUGCUCUAUUGGGAAUUGCUGCUGAUAAACAUCAUCUUUGUGG